UGGGCCCCUGUACCGCCUCCUCAUGCUGCUGCCAGGCCCGUAAUCUGCCAUGGGCCCCCGUACCGACUCCCUCAUGCUGCUGCCAGGCCCGUAAUCUGUCAUGGGCCCCUGUACCGCCUCCUCAUGCUGCUGCCAGGUCCAGAGUGUGUCAUGGGUCCCUGUACGGCCUCCCAUUGCUGCUGUCUCCAUCGCCACACUCUGCCAUGUGCCACUUUCAGGUCUCCUCACACUGCUGGUGGGUUCCAUUUUGUCAUAGGGUGCUGUAGAUUACGGGCCUCCCAUUGCUGCUGCCAGGCCCGUAAUCUGCCAUGGGCCCCCCGUACAGCCUCCUCAUGCUGCUGCCAGAUCCAGAGUGUGUCAUGGGUCCCUGUACGGCCUCCCAUUGCUGCUGUCUCCAUCGCCACACUCUGCCAUGUGCCACUUUCAGGUCUCCUCACACUGCUGGUGGGUUCCAUUUUGUCAUAGGGUGCUG